AUGGCUGGAAAUGUGAAUAUCGAGGGUGAGUCUGUGUCCAAGAUCGUGUUGAUUGGGGACGCCGGUGUCGGUAAAUCCAACAUUCUCGCGAGGUUCGCAAGACGUGAGCUUUGCGUGGAGUUCAGGCCCGAGUUCGCAUCGGUGAUGCUAAAGGCGAGAGCUCUACCAGACUUGGUAGAAGGAAAGAUGGUUAAGGUACAGAUAUGGGAUACAGCCGGUCAAGAACGGUCCCGGGCCGUAACUAGUGCAUACUAUAGGGGAGCUGUUGGCGCGCUCCUUGUCUAUGAUAUAACCAGGAGGGAAACUUUUGACAACAUCCAGAGAUGGCUUCGUCAACUGAGGGACCGUGCCGAUUCUAACAUUGUGAUCAUGCUGGCCGGUAAUAAGUGUGACCUGAAUCUCGUCAGAGCUGUGCAAAGGGAGGAAGGUGAGGCUUUGGCAAACACGGAGGGCCUUAUGUUCCUGGAGACUUCCGCAUUGGACGCGAUGAACAUCGAGAGGGCGUUCCAGGCAAGUUUGACCCAGAUUAACCACAUCAAGAGGCUAAGGGCAUUAGCAGCUCAGGAAACUGCUGCCGCCGCUUCCCGUCGUGAUCGAGGAACUACAAUCAAUGUUGCUGAUGCAUCAAGAUUAAGAAAUAGGAUAUGGUGUUGUUCCAUUUGAAGGUGUUCAUCAUCAAGAUUAACGUGGAAGGACGACUCAGCUAGUAGAUUGCAAGCAGGGUCUUUUUCAUUCUUUGGUGGUUUUUUUUUCACUGUAGCUGUAGAG